GGGUUGUGGGUGCAUCAUGGUUACAAGGUUACACUUGAUUGUGCUUACUAUUUCACAACCACCCAGGUGGAUCAAUUUUGGCACCGUUUGCCGCUCCUUUGUAUUUUGCACUGAGAGACUUUAAGGAAGUUAUGCCAACUGAGCAGCCUUGUGAUUUAGCAUACGAAUUUGGGGAUGGGCUUUUCGAUGUGAAAGAAUUCCCACAAGGCUUUCCAAAAACUGGUCAGCACCAUUUGUUUCUUUCAUACAAUGUGUUUAUGAAGUGGGAAUUCUGUUACCCCCGCCUCUGAAGUGGUAUCAAUGGCUAUCACAAUGAAACUUUGGUGUUUUGGUGGGGAAUCCCUUCCUUUUCAGUUACUGCUGACUAUACAUGCUUCACCACGUAAUUUCUUUCUCUUGGAACGAAUAAUAAAAUAAAGAGUAGUACUCUUUAAACUGAAAAACUGUGAUCUGAUAGUGAUUUGUAGAAUCUUCUGCUGGGGGCUAAUUCCUCUUUAUGUUGUGAAGAAACUUGGCUAUGUUAAAAUCAAGCAAGGAUACAAGAUAUGCCAUUGACUCGGUUGUGACACAUGAAUGAAAAAUAUGGUCAUGAUGCUUAUCGAAAGUUGGAUGUGAUUGGUAUAGAUGAGUUCUGCUGCAAGGCUGCUGAUGAAGAUGGUAAAAUUGUGAUUGUUGCUGGCCUGGAUGGUGAUUACUUGAGGAAAAGCUUUGGUUCUGUGCUUCACAUAAUACCGCUUGCUGAUACUGAAUUAUGCUGCAAGCGUGCUUUCUUCACUCUCAGGAAGACACAAGAGACACAAACUGAACUGAUUGCUGGUUCUGAUGUCUACAUGCCAGUGUGCCGAUAUCACUAUAUUAACAGUGAAGUUGUCACUGAAACUUCAAAGAAUGUGUUGGAAUCUGUCAAACGCAACAAUGAUUCACUUCUUGAUGUAGCCACAAGGUUUUAGUGUGGAGAUACUUAAAACUUUCCCUAAAAUGAUUUUUGGAGCAUAUUGUCUACUGCUAUUGGUUAAUUCAACAAGUUAUCUUGGAAUUUUGGUUGUC